UGAACACUACAGUAACUGUGGUUAUAGCGUGGCACUGGGGACCAAUGGAUUUACCUGGGAGCAACUCAACACCUGGGAAAAGCCAACGAUGGAUCCUGCUGUCCCGACUGGUUCCUUCAUGAUGGUGAAUAGCUCUGGACGGGCAUCUGGGCAGAAAGCUCACUUGCUGUUGCCCACCUUGAAGGAAAAUGAUACUCACUGCAUCGACUUUCACUACUACCUGUCUAGCAGAGACCGCUCCAGCCCUGGCUCCUUGAAUGUCUACGUGAAGGUUAAUGGUGGACCACAGGGCAACCCCAUCUGGAAUGUGUCGGGGAUUGUUACUGAAGGUUGGGUGAAGGCAGAACUUGCCAUCAGUACAUUCUGGCCACACUUUUAUCAGGUGAUAUUUGAAUCCGUGUCUUUGAAGGGACAUCCGGGGUACAUAGCUGUGGAUGAAGUCAGAGUCCUUGCCCAUCCAUGCAGAAAAGCGCCUCACUUCCUGCGGCUGCAGAAUGUGGAGGUCAACGUGGGACAGAAUGCAACAUUCCAGUGCAUUGCCGGGGGGAAGUGGUCUCAGCACGACAAACUCUGGCUCCAGCAGUGGAAUGGAAGGGACACAGCGUUAAUGGUCACCAGGGUGGUCAACCACAGACGAUUUUCUGCUACAGUCAGCGUAGCAGACACAUCUCAGCGCAGCAUCAGCAAAUACCGGUGUGUCAUUCGCUCAGAUGGUGGCUCUGGUGUUUCAAACUAUGCGGAAUUAAUUGUGAAAGAACCUCCCACGCCCAUUGCGCCUCCUGAACUGCUGGCUGUCGGUGCCACCUAUCUGUGGAUCAAACCCAACGCCAAUUCUAUCAUCGGAGAUGGGCCUAUAAUACUGAAGGAGGUGGAAUACCGUACAACCACUGGGAACUGGGCAGAAACCCACAUCGUAGACUCCCCAAAUUACAAACUGUGGCACCUGGACCCCGAUGUGGAGUAUGAGAUCAGAGUGCUCCUCACCCGCCCUGGUGAAGGGGGUACAGGGCCCCCUGGGCCUCCACUCACUACAAGAACAAAAUGUGCAGAUCCAGUCCAUGGACCACAGAGUGUGGAAGUUGUUGACAUCCGCUCCCGGCAGCUGACCUUGCAAUGGGAGCCCUUUGGUUACGCAGUGACCCGUUGCCACAGCUACAACCUAACAGUUCAGUACCAGUACGUGUUUAACCAGCAGAAGUACGAGGCAGAGGAACUCAUCCAGACAUCCUCACAUUAUACCUUGCGAGGCCUUCGGCCCUUCAUGACCAUCCGGUUGAGGCUAGCACUUUCUAAUCCAGAGGGCAAAAUGGAAAGCGAGGAGCUGGUAGUACAGACUGAAGAGGAUGUUCCUGGACCUGUUCCCCUAGAAUCUAUCCAAGGAGGACCCUUUGAAGAAAAGAUCUAUGUUCAGUGGAAGCCUCCAAAUGAGACCAAUGGUAUCAUUACACUCUAUGAGAUUACAUACAAAGCUGUUGGGUCUUUGGAUCCCAGUGCUGACUUGUCCAGCCAGAGGGGAAAGAUCUUCAAACUAAGGAAUGAAACUCACCACCUCUUUGUAGGGUUAUAUCCAGGGACUACCUAUUCAUUCACCAUCAAAGCCAGCACAGUGAAGGGCUUUGGACCUCCCAUCACAACACGUAUUGCAACUAAAAUUUCAGCACCAUCUAUGCCUGAAUAUGACACGGACUCCCCCUUGAAUGAAACUGACACUACCAUCACAGUCAUGUUGAAGCCUGCUCAGUCCCGUGGAGCACCUGUCAGUGUCUAUCAGCUUGUUGUCAAGGAAGAGAGGCUGCAGAAAGCACGGAGGGCUGCAGACAUCAUUGAGUGCUUCUCUGUUCCAGUGAGCUACAAGAAUGCUUCCAGCCUUGACUCACCCCAUUACUUUGCGGCCGAGCUGAAGCCCAUCAAUCUGCCCGUCACACAGCCCUUUACGGUGGGCGACAACAAGACCUACAAUGGCUAUUGGAAUGCUCCACUCUCACCACUGAAAAGUUACAGCAUCUACUUCCAGGCUCUCAGCAAAGCGAAUGGAGAGACCAAAAUCAACUGUGUCCGACUGGCGACAAAAGGAGCUUCCACCCAGAAUUCCAAUGCAGUGGAGCCCGAAAAGCAAGCUGACAACACAGUGAAAAUGGCUGGGGUUAUAGCUGGCCUUCUGAUGUUUGUUAUUAUCCUCUUAGGAGCAAUGCUCACCAUCAAAAGGAGAAGAAAUGCAUAUUCCUACUCCUAUUACUUGAAACUAGCGAAGAAGCAGAAGGAGACUCAAAGCAGCACUCAGAGAGAGAUGGGUCCCGUUGCUACUUCAGACAAGAACACCACCAAACUCAGUGCAGUUCACAAUGAAGAAGCUUUUUCUUCCAGCUGUCAAGAUGUUAAUGGAUUCAUAUCAUCAGACACUGUUCCAUCGACUGCGCUGCUAGGUAAGAAGACAGAGAGCAGCCAUGGGGAGAUGACCCAGCCAACUCUGACCAUCCAGACUCAUCCGUACAGGAGCUGUGAGCCAGUGGAAAUGUCCUACCCUAGGGGGCAGUUCCAACCAGCCAUCCGAGUGGCCGACUUGCUACAGCACAUCACUCAGAUGAAACGAGGACAAGGCUACGGAUUUAAAGAGGAGUAUGAGGCACUACCCGAGGGGCAGACGGCAUCUUGGGAUACGGCCAAGGAAGAUGAAAACCGCAAUAAGAAUAGAUAUGGGAACAUCAUCUCCUAUGAUCACUCAAGAGUGAGACUGCAGCUGUUGGAUGGAGACCCUCACUCAGACUACAUAAACGCCAACUACAUAGAUGGAUACCACCGGCCUCGUCACUAUAUUGCAACUCAAGGUCCUAUGCAAGAGACGGUUAAGGAUUUCUGGAGAAUGAUUUGGCAGGAGAAUUCUGCAAGUGUUGUCAUGGUCACCAACCUGGUGGAAGUUGGCAGGGUGAAAUGUGUUAGAUACUGGCCGGAUGACACAGAGAUCUACGGAGAUAUUAAAGUCACAUUAAUUGAGACAGAGCCAUUGGCAGAGUAUGUCAUACGUACAUUUACUGUACAAAAGAAAGGCUAUCAUGAGAUCCGAGAGAUUCGGCAGUUCCACUUUACCAGCUGGCCAGACCAUGGGGUUCCUUGCUAUGCCACAGGCCUCUUGGGCUUUGUUCGGCAGGUGAAGUUCCUCAAUCCGCCUGAGACGGGGCCUAUAGUUGUGCACUGCAGCGCUGGUGCUGGAAGGACAGGGUGCUUUAUUGCCAUUGACAUCAUGCUUGACAUGGCAGAGAAUGAAGGUGUCGUAGACAUAUUUAACUGUGUGCGAGAGCUACGAUCCCAGAGGGUCAAUCUGGUACAGACAGAGGAGCAGUAUGUCUUUGUACAUGAUGCCAUUCUAGAGGCAUGUCUCUGUGGCAACACAGCAAUUCCGGUUUGUGAGUUCCGAUCCAUAUAUUACAACAUCAGCAGACUGGAUCCACAGACAAAUUCCAGCCAGAUAAAAGAUGAAUUUCAGACCCUCAACAUUGUGACGCCGCGUGUUCGACCAGAAGACUGCAGCAUUGGCCUCUUACCCAGAAACCAUGACAAAAAUCGCUGCAUGGAUGUGCUGCCCUUGGACCGGUGCCUUCCUUUCCUUAUCUCUGUGGAUGGCGAAUCGAGCAACUACAUCAACGCUGCACUCAUGGAUAGCCACAAGCAACCCGCUGCCUUUAUUGUUACCCAACACCCUUUACCCAACACCGUACCAGAUUUCUGGAGGCUGGUGUUUGAUUACAACUGCUCCUCCAUAGUGAUGCUGAACGAGGUGGAUGCUGCACAGCUCUGCAUGCAGUACUGGCCAGAGAAAACGUCCUGUUGUUAUGGUCCAAUCCAGGUGGAGUUUGUUUCAGCAGACAUUGAUGAGGAUAUCAUCAAUAGGAUAUUCCGGAUCUGCAACAUGGCCAGGCCCCAGGAUGGAUAUCGUAUAGUACAGCAUUUGCAGUACAUUGGCUGGCCAGCAUACCGGGACACCCCUCCAUCCAAACGCUCCCUCUUGAAGGUGGUCAGACGGCUAGAGAAAUGGCAGGAGCAGUACGAUGGGAGAGAUGGACGCACUGUUGUCCACUGCCUGAAUGGUGGUGGACGCAGUGGCACCUUCUGUGCCAUCUGCAGCGUGUGUGAAAUGAUUCAGCAGCAAAAUAUCAUUGACGUAUUCCACAUAGUGAAGACGUUACGGAAUAACAAAUCCAAUAUGGUGGAGUCACUGGAACAAUAUAAAUUUGUAUACGAGAUUGCACUGGAAUACUUGAGUUCAUUUUAGCCUAGCAGAGACGGGGGCCUAUUGGAUUCCAGACCCCCAAGUCUGAAGAACACUUUUUUCCCCUCACUAAAGGGCAGUAAUGGGUGUGGGGAGAGCCAGGCUCUCCACACUGAAGCAAGGGUCAAGAGUGUACUGACCUCAAUGCCAUUGGGAGGACAAGGUGAUCCCUGUGUUUGCUGCUGCCUGCUUUCUAUUGGAGC